AUUUCGAAGUUAGCUUAUGCCAGUAAAAGGCAUAUCAGAGAUGCCUAUAAUACCUAAUACGUAAAUCUUGAUAGAUAAGAUGUCUGUUGCUAACUUUAACUAAGUAUAGCAACAAUAUGAAUUUUGCAUGGUCAUCAAGUGGUUGACUAAAAACAUAAAAGAGUAGGUAUCAUUUUUGUACACUUGUGCAAUACUUUUGAAAUUCACUGAGUUUGCGCAAAUAGUAAUAUAAAAACUAAGGAAAACAUACCUGCAUGAUAGUGUACUUUUAGUUAGUAGCGUAAUCUUAUGUUGUACUCUGCUGUCUGAAGUUCUUAUCUGAAAACAAAUCACUGAGUAAUUAAAAAAAAUGGCAGCUAAUAUAUUCUUAGAUUUACCAGGAGGCCCCAAAAUGCCAGCUCUAGGAUAUGGAACUUGGCAAAUUAAAAAUGAGCAAGAAAUUAAAGCCGCUUUAAAUACAGCUCUUGAAUCUGGUUAUCACCAUAUAGAUACCGCUUAUAUAUACCAUAACGAAAAAUUUAUUGGUGAUGUAUUAAAAGAGUGGUUUACUUCCGGAAAACUGAAACGGGAAGAUGUAUUUAUUACAACAAAAUUACCAAUGCAAGGUGUGCAUCCGGACAGAGUGGAGUUUUUCAUGAAGAAGUCUUUGGAAAAUUUACAAUUAGAUUACGUGGAUUUAUAUUUAAUACACUUUCCUAUUGGUUUUAAAUGUGACGAAAGUACAGGUGGUAUGAAACUCGACGAUAAACGUCAGAUGAUCCCAGAACCUAAAACGGACCAUUUGGGUAUUUGGAAGAAAAUGGAGGAACAGGUGGAUGCCGGCCGCACAAAGACAAUAGGUUUAUCAAAUUACAAUAUUUCUCAGGUAGAGACUGUCUUGAAAGGUGCCCGAAUAAAACCAGCCAAUUUGCAAGUGGAGCUUCAUCUUCACUUGCAACAGCGUCAGCUUGUUGAUUUUUGUCACAAAAACGGUAUAACAGUAGUAGCGUAUUCACCACUGGCGUCACCUGGUUACAAUAAGUUGCUGAAACUAAUAGGACGACCGGAGAAACAACUACCAGACAUUUUAGGCGAUCCAGUUGUUGCUAAAAUAUCUAAGAAACAUUCUAAAACUCCAGCACAAAUUGUACUACGAUUUCUUAUACAACAAGGAAUUGCACCCAUUCCAAAAAGUGUAACCGAAAAACGCAUUAAAGAGAAUAUUGCAGUAUUUGAUUUUGCUCUUGACAGUAGCGAUAUGAAGGAGCUUUCUGCUUUAGACGCCGGUGAAAAAGCUAGAGUUAGCGAUUUUAGGAUUAUGAAAGAUAUUGAAACCCAUCCAGACUUUCCAAUGAAGGCAUAAUACAUAUUUAUGUAUGUCCAUGUCUUACACCAGUCAACAGAAAAUAAAAUAUAUUUGAAUA